UGCUGAGCGUAAACUGAAAAAAAAAAGUCGACCUCUAUUUGCGAAAUAGCCACUGGUCAUUAAUGUGUAGCUCGUCCUUGUCUUUCCUCUGGCUAGGUCAUCGCUCAUGUUUAAACAAGCUGAAAUGUUUAGUGGCUUUGGGGAGAUUUAAACAGUCAUUACGCAGUGCCCAAACUGUAUAAACGUAACCCACACUCUCGUGGGUGGUGCGCUGUUGUGUUACAAAUGCGGCAUAUGUGAUGAUUUUUAAAUAAUGUUGUGAAGUUUGACGCUGGGUGAUUGCAGGCCUGCUCUAAAACCACCUUGGAGAUAUUAUUACGCUUUAAAGGCACAGUGGCUCUAUUCUGAAUUAGGACAUGUGCGCAGGUUCACUCCUGGCACUGAGACUGCUCUCAUGGUUAGUCUGCUUCAGUGAGAAGAAAUGCUACUUUCCAAAGUGAAAUUUAACACUCGCUUUCAGAACAAAACAAGCGUGACUACUCAGAUUAAUCAGGCUGACUCGAGAAUUUUAAUGGCUGCUUGACGUUGCAUUGCAAAUCGUUUUCCAUAUAAUCAUUAAUCAAGCGCAGUGUGCCCACAGAGGCUUUGAGCAAAGGUUUCAAGGUGAAAAAAUACCACUUCACUAGGAGGCAGCAUAUUUUCCAGCAACAUGACUGGACUUUGAAGGAUUAUUUCUAAUAGGAGUUUGCCACCUCAAAGAAAGCAAGGGUGUUUUAGGUUGCAAAAUAGCUCUCAUUCUCCAGCAUCUUACGCCUAAGUUCAUGAAAUAUUCCCUCUUCAGAGUCAAAUAAAGUGUUGAUUAACGAACUAGUUCAUUUAAUGACAUCUAAGCCAGCCAGUCAGCGCUGAAUAGUAUCAGGAUGCUGUCUCAAGUGGUAAUAAUCAGUCGACUUAUCAUCACUCGGUUUAGGGGCCGGUGUUCACAGCCUGACACCCAUCCAUUAAUAAUAAAGUAUAUCGUGUUUUGGAGGGCUGGGGUCCCUCAGCCCACAAGGUUGGACCCUCUCACGCCACCAGAAGGGGGUGGAGACUGUGGCACACAUACGACCAGGCCCUUUUUCCACUUUUCAUUAAGGAAUGGAAAAAAAGUUUCCGACUGAAUACAAGCCGGCGCUACAGGAGCAGGUCUCACGCAAUAUUGGCGAGAUAUUGCGCGAGAUGCGCGCGCUUUUAUGCGAGAAGGGAGAGAGGGAGAGGGAGAGGGAGAGGGAGAGAGCAAGAAAGAAGCGGGCGCACGAUUGUGUGUGUGCGUGAGUCAAGAUAAAGCUGUGCGUAACGCACGCACGGAUGGAAAGUUGCCAAAAUCUUUUGUGGUCGGACUGGUGUGGUGACAGCUACCCCCUGUGAGCGAAAGUAGCAGGCUGAAAUUCUUACCGGUUUUAAUGGCAACUGUUAUUAAUCCGCGUUGCCAAGAGGCGAUGGAGGCAUACAUCAAAGAUUUGAGUGCCCACAUACCGAAGGAAACAGAGAGAGGUCCACAUGACGUGAUCCCUUUAAUGGAGGUGUAUAACAAGAGUUUGUGUCAGCCUCGGGAGCUGCUGGUGGAGAUUCUGCAGGAGUAUCCGGACGAGGUGGAGCACAUCUUCAUCCCGUCCUGCGUGGUGCUGACGCGCUGUGCUGGCUGCUGCAAUGAUGAGAUGCUGCAGUGCAUGCCCACAUCCAGCUAUAACAUUACAAUGGAGAUUAAAAGAAUAAAACCCCAAAGGCAACAAAAUGAUAUUUUCAUGAGUUUUACAGAACACAGCGCAUGCGAGUGUAGGUUAAAGAAGGAAGUGAAAGAACAGAGAGAAAAAAAAUCCCGGAAAGGCAAGAGUAAAGGCCAAAAGAGAAAACGAAAGAAAAACCGUGACAAAACAAUUCACGAUGCCGUUUGUGAGCCAUGUUGUGAUCACUGCUCAGAGAGGAGAAAACGUUUGUUCGUGCAGGAUCCUGCAACUUGCCGGUGCUCCUGCAAACACACAGACGAAUACUGUAAAGAGCGUCAGCUAGAGCUCAACGAGAGGACCUGCAAAUGUGACAAGCCAAGAAGAUGAGAGAGGUGGGAACACCAGAUGUACAAGAUGAAGGAAUAUUCUAGAGAUAUUUCACAGCACAGCACUUUGACCUUUGAACCGUAAGCUCUUCUUUUCUGUGGAAAGCAUUCCCCGUGGACUGACUAAGAGAGAACAAAAAGAGAGACAGGACUGAAGUUUCCUCCCACUGUAUAUCUGUGUGUAUAUAGACCAUGAUAAAAGAAAAAAAGAGUACAGAAUUGUUAUGCUGCUAAGGAAACCAAUAACUAAACCCAUCAUUUGACAAAAAAGCAAAUAGCCGCCAUGUGGUUUUGCAUUUCUAACAGCCUUGUGAUGCAGGUGUAGUCUUGUUGUCAAUUCCUUGUAUGCAAUUACUUCACUGGAUAUGAGUCUACUGUGGUUGUGUGUCAAUCAUAAAUUGCAAAACCUCUCAAUCUAAGAUAUAUUUAACUGCUAAAACAGCGGGUGAGGCCGAAGAGGACAUGGGAGCGCUCUCAUUUAAAAUAUGACGGAUGGAUUUUCGUAGGUCAGUGCCUGCUUUUGCUUUCGGAGUAUAAGAGUGGGACAAAUGGGACAGCUGAUGGAAAUCUUGAAUCUGUCGCCACAUGAUAUUGCUUCUUUUCCUAUGAGGACAGUGCAGAACUGACGUGGACUUUCACAAUGUCAAUAAUGCGAUCAGCUUGCAAGAGAAGAGACUCUGGAGUGCCAUAUACUUUUAAAGGGAUACUGGUUAUCAAUAUACUGUAGCAUCUAAUGUUUUGCUAUGCCCUACAUGAAAACCACUGAAAACAUCCUAUACUGUAGUUUGAUUCCAUUUGAAAUACUGUGCCUCACAAAAUGUACUGACAAAUCUGAGUGCUUUUUAAAUUAUUUUUUUCAGGAGAGGGGAUUGUCAAAGUAGUUUUGUUAGAUGUUGAGCUCAAUACAGAAUUCACUGAUUACAUAUCUUCUUCUCUGAAAUUGUACAUACUUCAUAUGCCUUUAUGCCAUAGUCCAUUCUAGAUAAUUUAUAAUGUUAUAGAGUAUUUUUCAGUAUUCAGUCCUCUACCCAUAUUUAAUUUGGUCUAUUUAUAUAUGCAGUGUUAUGUACCUGUAGCUGUCCUACCCCCCCAUGUGUAAGGUCACUGAUGGCUACUCUCAGCAUGGAGAUUCUCUGUGCUUUUCUGACACAAACAGAAAAAAACAACAAAAAACAAAAAAACAACAAAAAAAAAAUAUUUGUUAACAUUCCCUGAAUGGAUCAUUUGUACUGAUGUGCUGAUGACAUCUCCUCUGGAUUGUUCAACCCCUCUUAUCUAAGGGUGUGUAGAAUUUUAACGUGUGUGUUUGUGUAUGUGUAUAUGUGUGUGUGAGUGUGAGUUCAUGUGCAUUGCCGAUGCGCAUAUUUGUUUGUAGAUGUUAGUAAGUUGUAUUUAAGUAUUUAAGCAAGUAGCGGACCUGUGUUUUGUCCGUCCUGCAAGAUGCAAAAACAAAUAAACUACUGCUAGCAGCUCAGCAUACAUUACCACAACACAACCAGCGGUUUUAAAUUUGGAUAACAAUCUGCAUCCUUUCUGCCAUCAGUCUUAGAGCCCUCAUUAUUAGUUGUCGUUGUCUCUUCUUCACUAUUAACAUGUUUUCUGUGUCUAUGUAAAACAGUAAAGCAUAUUUAUUUUCAAAUUAUAUUGUUUUUAUAUAAAAUAAGUAAAAGGUU